GUUGUGUCCUCUGUGUAUUUGUGUUUGGAUGUUUUUCAAGGAAUUAUUGAACAGAGAUGGCAAGCUGGGGUACUGAUUGACCAGACCAUCUAAAAAGUCUCUGCUUCAUUUUUAUCAGUAACUAAAAUUAUCUUUCUGUACUUAAUUUUGCUGGUUGAAUGGGGUGUUAUUAAUAAAGCUUUACGUUUUCUCUUUUAAUUUAAAGGUACAAUAUGUACAAAUGAUAUCUUGUGGUCAAAUUGUGUUACUGCAGCCUACUUUCAAAACAAAUGAGUGACUUUCUCACUACUGUUCCGUGACGUGACUAGAUGAUUGAAUGUUGAAGUCUUGUGUGAAUUUGGUAACUGGCACCAGAGGAGAAUUUGGCCCUUUAUUAGAAGACACCAGAGUAUUUGUUUGUUUAUUUAUUUAUUUAUUUAUUUAUUUAUUUAUUUAUUUAUUUAUUAACCAUGAAGGUCCCAUUGAGAUUGAAAACCUCAUUUUCAAGGGAGUCCUGGCCAAGAGGCAGCAAAGAUUACAGUCACAAUUUCUCAUGUUGAUUUAAAAGUUUGAAAAUUAACCCAAAUAUAUCAGUUUAAUUGAUUAAUAAUUUGUGGUAAUUAUGUUAAAGUUUUGUUUUAGAGGUCUUAAAUUGUAUGAAGUAAGAAUGAAAUCCUGUGGUCAAACUUGGGUACUGCAGCCCAUGUAUCCAUACAAAUGGCAGUUGUUAGUUAGGGAUCAGUGCCAGAAGAUUCUAGAUGAUGAGCAAAGACGAAUCUUACACAGUAAGUUGAUAAGUAGAUAAAUACAUUUCACUGUAUUAUGGAGUUGUUGGUAAUUGAUUUUUUUAAAGCCAACUUUAUAUUCAAAUUCACCAUUAGCAUUGUUAGCUUAACGUUAGCUUAACAUUAGCCUCUAGCUUUCUUUACCCGAUAUUUGACUAAAACAAAAAAAUCUUCCACAAAACUCUGCAGCAGUUUGCUGGCCGGGAUCGAAUUACAAAUGCUGGCGCAGCAGCGUUAGCUCGCAUAGGUGCGGCAACUCUGCGGGCUCUCAGACAGGAGUUUUUGAAAAGAGAAGAAAAUAGCUUUAUGUUUUAAAAAGUGCAAAAUGUUAAAACCGUUUUUGUAGAAAAGAUUAGGCUUUACUAUUUGCAAUGAAAUUUUGUUCAUAUUCCAAAUAAUAGAUUUAAAUAAGACUGUCUACUGUUUGUUCAAUAUACUGUCUAGCACACGUCAGUGUCAUAUGACUGAGGAUUUCUUUAGUAAGACUCCUGAAAACAUGUAGGAAUGUAGCAAGGUUCUGCAAAAACUAAAGUCUCCCUGUCUAUAACAAACUUUCCACUUUACUGAAAACAGACCAAAAACUGCAGAAGCAUCAGUGAACAGCUUUAGUUCAACCUGAAUGGAUAGAUCAGACUAUCUCACUGGCUUAAUGGAUCCACACGUUCUUUGGAAUACAACAAUCCUGUCAAAUGUUUGAAGAACUGCAGACUGAAAGAACUGUAAAGUAAGGAAGAUCUGGAUUCUAUACCUGUAAGUCACAAAGAACAGCUCAAUAUGAGAGGAGGAGCCCACUCAGUGCUUUUCUUGGUAAUUAGUGUGAUCUUGCUCAGUGGUUUGGGCUGCUUGUGUGAGCCUGUGGAUGACAGGGGGGACAACGAGAAAGGGAGAAGGCCCAGGCCGCCUCACCUGAUCUUUAUCAUGGUGGAUGACCAGGGCUACGGAGACGUUGGUUAUCACGGCUCUGACAUCAGCACUCCUGCAAUUGACCAGCUGGCAGCAGAAGGAGUCAAGCUUGAAAAUUAUUAUGUCCAGCCUAUCUGCUCACCAUCUCGUAGUCAGCUCAUGACUGGACGUUACCAAAUUCACACUGGACUUCAACAUUCAAUCAUCCGGCCACGUCAGCCUCUUUGCCUGCCCCCAGAUGUUACCACUCUACCUCAACAUCUGGUUGAAGCUGGAUACGAGACACACAUGGUGGGAAAAUGGCACCUAGGAUUCUGCAGACUGAGCUGCUUGCCAACCGGACGUGGAUUUCAGAGUUUUCUGGGGACUCUGACAGGAAGUGGAGACCACUUCUCCUAUCAGAGCUGUGACGGGGCUGAAGCUUGUGGAUUCGACCUGCAUGACGGGGACAAACCUGCCUGGGAGAUGAAGGGGAACUAAUCCACUCUGCUUUACAUUGAGAGAGUGAAGCAAAUCCUGAGGAACCAUGACCCCAAUACACCUCUGUUCUUCUACCUGUCCCUUCAGGCGGCACACACACCCCUACAGGUACCUGAUCAUUUUCUGCAUCGCUAUGAUUCCCAGAGUAAUCGCCACAGGCGCCAUUAUGCGGCCAUGGUAAGCUGUCUGGAUGAAGGGGUUGCACAAGUCGUCGAAGAACUGAAGAGCACCGGGCUCUAUCAGAACUCAGUACUGAUCUACUCAUCUGAUAAUGGUGGGCAGCCACUCUCAGGAGGUAGCAACUGGCCUUUAAGAGGAGGCAAAGGGACCUACUGGGAAGGAGGUGUCCGAGCAGUCGGGUUUGUCCAUAGUCCACUUCUGAAGAGGAAAGGUGUUGUAAGCAGAGCACUUAUCCACGUCUCUGACUGGUAUCCCACGUUGCUUGGACUUGCUGGGGCCCUGCAGCCUAACCACAGCCUGGAUGGUCAUAACGUCUGGGGUAGUAUCAGCGAGGGCCUACCCAGUCCUCGCUCUGAAAUCCUCUUCAACAUCGACCCUGUGUCCAGGAAACCCGGAGAGUCAUACGACAAGGCAUUAUUCCACAAUGGCUUUGGGAUCUGGGACACAGCCAUGAGAGCCGCAUUGAGAGUUGGUGACUGGAAGUUGUUGACAGGAAAUGUGGGUGACGGGGACUGGAUCCCGCCGCAGGCCCUUCCAGAUGGUCCGGAACGGUGGCAGAAACUCGAGAAGCGUCGCACUGAGCUGGGAAAGUCCGUGUGGCUGUUUAAUAUCAGCGCUGACCCAUAUGAGAGGUCAGACCUCGCGGAGGCUCGGCCAGAGGUGGUGAAACAUCUGCUCACUAGACUGGCGCAAUACAACCAGACUGCUGUAAUGGCCAGAAACCCACCAGACGAUCCCAUGGCGGACCCAGAACUACAUGGAGGGGUGUGGGGCCCCUGGCUGGGUCAAGAGGGGCCGAAGGAAGACAAGGAUGGUGAUGAUAGUAGGAAAGAGAUGCUGAAGAUGAAACAUUGCAGAUUAUGCAAAUUAAAAGCCCUUUUCAAGAAGGUGGGGGCACGCCUGCAAAGGAACACCAUAUUUUAGAUUUCUGUUCUUGUAAUAUUUAGUUUAGUUGUUUUUGUUUUCUUUUUGUGUUUAUUUGUGGUGUUUAAAAGUUGGAAGUUUAUUAAUUUUCCUUCUUUUCAGUUAUACAGAAAUAGUCAUUUCAGGGAAGGCCAAUGUUUUAGUGAGCUACAUGUUAGACAAUGCAGACCAUGAUCUAGAAGAAAAAAAGUCACAUGAUCAAGAUAGACCCACAAUUGUAAAGUGAAGGUCUGCAGAUAAACAGGCAGCCAGAUAAAUGAGCCCACUUGGCUUUGUGUCUGCCUGAGUAAGAUGACUCACCCAUGUCCUGCGGGCAGACUGCAGCACAGACACUGGGGACCAUAGCUGGACCGAGCAAGGAGCAACGUGUGCGUCACUGUGCAUUUAUUUCUGUUUAGUGGGAACGGCUAGAUUAGUGCAGAUAGGUCAGAGAUGGUACACGUGGAAGCAAGGCCAGAAGUGACCUCGGUGUUUCAUCUCUUUAUCAUGCAAGAGGACUCUUUGAGGAUGACACGAAGACCAGAGGCGAAUAUCAAAUGUCAGCUUGUUUCUUAUUUUCCUUCUUUUUUAAAUUUUUUUCUUAAGUGUCGGACAUCGAAAUCAUUGCUUUAUUUCCCAAAGAACGUCCAUAGAAAGAAAAUGGUACAAGUGUUUGAUAAAAUCCUUAGUUUUUACAGGUCAGUGAUGCUCUGAUAGUUUCAUUAUAAUUUCCAAAAUAAGUGUGUUAAAUUAUUACAAUUUCUUCUUCACAAUCUGUUCCAAGACCCUCAGUGAGUUAUUGAAAAACACUGAAUACGACAGUUUGACACACACCGUUUUAGCCCCAGCAAGGUGAUUACCACAGUUAUGUGCUGAAACUUGUCUCAGAUCAGCUGAAGGAUGAUUCGUCUCUCAGAUCUCGGCCGAAUGGGAUUUUUCUGUUUAUUAAACAGAAUAUUUAAACGUGUAGUUUUUACCUCUAAUCUCUGCAAAUAAUGUUGUUGAAAAUGAAUAAAAUGAUGUCCAGUCAUUGAAAAUUAUUGGCGGCUUUGCAACCCUAUAAAGAUGGACCAUAAAAGUCUCUGGACAUUAUUAGACGCCAUGUUUUACCCGAGCCGACUCGGGGUCCUGUGCCUUCUGAUGACGUCACACCACAUUUGUAAGUUAGUCACACCAAGGUCGCAUGCUUUCUGCUCCACAGGUAACACUUACCGUAAUGUUUUUAAACUAGCUACAGUCAUGACGAUAUGGUAUACAACUACCCUGAAAUGUACGUACUGCCCCCUAGUGCCAGGACACUACACACUGCAACUUUGAACAUCCCUCACUUUUUUUUUCAAUAAAUUUGUUGUGGUCUCUAGUAUAAAUGAAUGCCUUGUGUCGUUUUCUGUGGGAUAAAUGCUCUGGCGCUCCUUUUUUAGGGGUUUGAAGAUUUUAGUUGGGAGGGUGUCAGGAUUUUGAGUCUUAUUCAUUAUUCAUGACACACAGACAUAAUGCCUCUGAUUGGCCAAUAGCAACGCUACUCUUCUGCUGCUUUUGUUUACUUGUCUUUCCUGUGUAAAAAAAUGCAAUGUUGAUGUUUUUUCCAGAGCAAACUAGAAGGUUGCAGCCGUUUCUAUGUUCAAGCGCUGGGGUGGGGUUGGAGGCAGGUCUGUCGACAGUCACCUAGCAAGCUAGUUCAGCAGCCAGGCCACGAGGAAACGUCCACCACUGUUGUGGAGUUGCUAAUCGUUGGCUUCUACUAGCCAAGACAAGCUCUGCUCUCAUCCUCCCAUGGGCGGUCACAAUCCAAUGUAGGUGGGGCCAUGAAUCCAAAUUUUUCUCUGUGAUGAAGAAGAAGCUUUUUUCUGUUUGAAGACAACUUUCAUGUACAGCAUGCAUACUCAGAAAGGCUGAGAUCAUAAGAUCAAGUUUUAUAAGCAGUGAACGCACCCUUUAAAGAAAUUACUUUCAGCUCAUGUUAAGUUUUAGUACUUUUGAUUUAUUUUUUUAUUACCUGAUAAUUAUUUCCUUGCCAUGCGAAAAUUGGGCUGGGAACAAGUAAAGUAGUUGCAAAAAAUGCUUAUAUCAAUGGUAAACCACAUUGCAUGUAUUGUGUUUAAUCUAUUGAUGUACUGCAAAUAAAAUGCUUAGAAACUUG